AUGAGCCAAGCCUUGAUGGUGUUGGUACAGGGGUAUUAUCCUCAAGACAUUCAACAUCGGGAGGAGUUGGGAGAGUUGGACAAGGCGAAGAAGAUCAUCCAGGCUGUAUUGGAUGCUAACAAUAUUCCUCUGUCUCAGGUCGACAUUCUUCUGCAGUCUCUGGGACAUGAUUACAAAGAUCCCGGUGAUGAGCAGGUUUUGAAGGACGUGGUUUGGUAUGAGCAGCAGAAGGUAUCUGCUGCAGCAGCCUCUGGGGCUGGUAAAGUCGCUCAUCAGCAGUUGAGGGAGGCUAUCCAGCUUGAGAAGCAGUCUGUUCAUGGAAAGAGUUCUAACAACUAG